AUGUCAGAUAAGUCAGUUAGACAGGUCAAGGUGGACUUCAUAGCGCUCCUCAAGGAGAAGGCGGUGGACCGCCACGCGCGAUACCCGGAGGUCAAGAAGAAGAUUGACAGCGACGCCCGGUAUAAGGCGGUGGAGAGCAGCUCCGUUAGAGAAGACUACUUCAGGGAGUAUUGCAAGCUGGUGAAGGAAGAGAGGAAGAAAGAGAAAGAUGGGAAGGAGAAGGCGGAGCGAGCCGACCGCAGCAGCAAGAAAGAGAAGAAAGACAAGGACCGCGACAAGGACAAGGACAAGGAGCGAGCGAGCGACAAGGACGGCAAGAAAAAGAAGGAGAAGGCGGAGAAGGAAGCCCCAGCCGAGACGACAGAGGAACCCGACGCCGAGGCAGAGGGAACGAAAGAAGAGGACGCGGCCGCGAGAGAAAAGGAGGCGCGAGCUCAGGCCUCCAUCAAGGAAAGGGAGAGAGAGGUGCAGCGAGCGCUUGCGACCAGUCUGCGGGACAGGGACAAGGAGCGCCAGUACCACAAGCGGGACGAGGCUGUGCAGCAUUUCAACGCUCUGCUAGCAGACCUGGUCCGCAACCCGGACCUGUCGUGGCGGGAAGCGAAGAAACAGCUGCGUAAAGACCACCGGUACAGCCUUGCUGAACUGCUGACCAAGGAAGACAAGGAGCGCCUCUUCAGCCAGCACACAGCAGCGCUGGCGAGCAAGCGUCGCGACAAGCUACGCGCGCUACUCAACGAACUAAACGUGUCGUGCACGGCGCACUGGCGGGACGUCAAGACGCAGUUGCAGGAAAACCCUGCUGCGCCGGUCUACUCGGCCGCUUCACAAAUGGAGCGAGAAUUCCGCGAUUACCAGCGCGACAAGCAAAGCGCGGCCAAGACGGCACUCAGACAACUUCUACUUGAGACGCGCUCGCUCACGCACAAGUCGCACGCCGCCGUGCGCGAAGCGGGCUCCAUGCAGCACGUGCACGACGCGCUCAGGCACGACGCCAGGUACACAGCGCUGGAGCACAUUCCGGACGAGCGGACCGCCAUGAUCACGAGCUACCUGGAGGAGCUGGAGAAGAAGGGCCCGCCGCCGCCGCCCACCGCCACCGAGCCCAGCCGCCGCGCCAAGCAGUGACGCGUAUAUCCACCCUGGAUAAUAAGCACCAAAAAGAAUCGGACUAGGGCCACCGCACGCGGCCGACUGACCGCCGCGACUAAUCGCACCACGACUUUGUCGCGCCAUAGCGUACGCAACUAUUGUCUACAUAGGCAAUCAUCUUUAGGUAGCAUUCUUACUAAUGUAGGAUGUUUGUAAUAAAUGGAUAUAGAAGGACUGUUUUAUAAAAUACUAGCUUUCCGCCCGCGGCUUCGCCCGCGUGGAAUUUUGUCUGUCACAGAAAAACUUUAUCGCGCGCGUCCCUAUUUCAAAAACCGGUAUAAAAACUAUCCUAUGUCAUUUCCCGGGACUCCUAUGUCAUCUCUAUGCCUCAUCAAAAACGGUUCAGUGGUUUAGGCGUGAAAGCAAGACAGACAGAGUUACUUUCGCAUUUAUAAUAUUAGUAUAGACUAGCUGUGCCCGCGACUUCGUACGCGUGAAAAUAGUUUGAAUAAUAUUUCCCGUUUUUGUAACAUUUUUCUUUAUCAGCUCCGCCCCUAUUGGCUGUAGGGUGAUGUUAUAUGUAUAGCCUAAAGCUUUCCUCGAGAUAUUUGACAGAAUGUCAAGGAUAUGGUGACGUCAUGAAAAUGCAACAUUGCAUUUUUUUUGUGUACUUGUAUAAUAUUAGUUAGUGACUGAGUUUCUUGCGCUGCUUCUUCUCAGCACUGGCCCAUUUAUUGUCCCGAAGCAGUGGUAGGGUUAAUACUGGGACGUGUAAAAGUGCUUUUUAAAAGCCUACCUACUUGCAGAAAUUAAUUAGUUUUUUCUGUCUUUUAUGAGUCCUUCUACAUCUAUUGUUACCAUAGUUUUUAGCAUAAUCAGUUAUUACCAAAUAUGGUAAGAGAAGAUAUACUUCAAUCAAUAAAUAAAUAAAUAUAGAUCGUUUCAUCCACUCGGCCGCGCCCCAGCAAUGUUAGGUCCCGGUCGCGCGGGGUGCGGGGAGUGUGGUCCGAGCAAGCCGUAAGGCAUUACUGUAGUGUGCGUGUGCACUCAUGGAGCAUUUAGCGUGUACCGAUAACACUCAAACAUUAGCAGAAGAAUGGUGGGGCGCGUCUUCGUGGAUAAAACGAUAAUACUCUUCAUGAACUAUGUGGGGCCACCAAUAUCAAUCAAAUAUCAAAGAAGUCUUAUGGAUAUAGUAUAUUGCAUUUAUACAAUAAAUUACUACUCCACCUCCUAAGGGCCUGUUCACGCCGCAAUUCAGCAAUAGGAUGGGUGGUGUCGUAGCUAUAAUAAUACUAAACUGUCAUACAGUAAAUUGUAUUGUUUGUACGUUUUUCUAAAGUUUAUUAUAUUUAGAUUUGACCAGAUACUAGUAAAUAAAUAAAAU